AUGGCAGGAUCUUCUCGAAAAGUACGACGUGCCCCUGUCUCCCAGUUCAAGCUGCUACUCGCGCCGGCGCGGGUUUUUUGGUCGGCUCCCCGUGACGAUAGGAGGUGCCAAGCGUCUCUCGGCUCUUCGAAAGGAGCCCUGGCCCGUGUCGCAUUUUGGGCGCUUCCCUUCGAUGUGCAGAUGUUCAACUGCUUUCUGGAAGAGGAGAUUAGCUUGACGCCGACGCAGCCACGUUCUGGAGCCGCUUUCAGAGGACCCCUGCAUGGCGAGCGCGCGGCGAGAGCGCUGGGGCAGGGCGGCGAAAGUUUGGAUGCGGCUUUGACGUUUGCAGCCCCGCUCGAGCGCUUGCAUGCAGCCCCGUCCAGGCGCAGCGCCCUCUCCACAGCCUCUCAGAACGACAAUGACCGAGCGACUGCAGCCACGCUUCCCAGAUUCGAACUGGGCCGUGGAAGUCCUGCGUCGGCAAUGCCUGCACCUGUUGGCCGUGUCGCGCCCUCAUCGCUCAGGACGAGCUGCACGAGGCGUGAGGCUUCUUGGUCACCAUCUACCACCUCCUCAUCGUCGCCAUCUCCCUCACAUCACGCACUUCGGUCGCUCUGCGCGAACAAAGCUGGUCUUGGUCGCUACAACGGCUGUGCAGUGCUUCCGCGCCACCACCUGGGAUUUCCGUGGGCGACCGCCCUCCGCGACAUUUCAUUUCAGCGCUUCUCGGCGUUCACUUCCGGUCGCCUCUGCAUCCGAACGGCAGCCUCCUUCCGCUCAAGCAUUGAACUUCAUCCGAUCCGAGAUCGCAGUGCGCCAUUGUUGCCGAUUCCGACUCUUGCGCUUCCUUUCCGAUCGUCAUCAUCAGGCGGAGCAGGCUCCGUCGCAAUCUUGGUUGUCAAGUGA